GUGAAAAAUACGAAAUUUUUAAAAAUUUAUCUACAUCAAAAGCUCAUCGAAUUUCUUUUAAUGAUAUACUAAAACUUAUGGAUAAGUGUGAUAAGUUAGAUGAAAAUGUUGUACGCUCAUUAAAUUUCAAUGCAUAUGUUGAAAAAUACAAUGAAGGCAAUCCUUUAUUUGACGGGAUUGUUCCAGGAACUAAAUGGUGUGGCACUGGUGAUAUUGCUAAGAGUUAUCAUGAUUUAGGAUCACGAGCAAGAGUUGACAGAUGUUGUAGAGCUCAUGAUUUGUGUCCAAUAAAAAUUCGGGCAUACAAAAGUCGUUACAACUUAAUGAAUAACUCAUUUUUCAGCAAAUCUCAUUGUAGUUGUGAUAAGGCCUUUUACGAUUGUUUAAAGAAUAUCAAUCAUAUCUCAGCAAGAGUCAUUGGUAAUAUAUACUUUAACAUUGGUCAACCAGUAUGCAUAGAAGAUGUAUUCUCAUCUAAAAAUAAAUAUUUAAGGAGAUUUGUUCCUGUAAAAACAAGAUUUUAACUUCCAAAAUAGCUUUCAACAUUUAGAAAAUUAUGAUACUAAUAGUGUACUAAUAUUAUUAAUUAUUCU